AUGAAAACUGUGAAAACUAAAAAUCCUGAAAUCAACAUAGAAUUCCACGUCGCUUAUCUGUUCGUAUGGGAUAUUCUCCAAGACCUGAUUAUCGUUCGGUUAUUGAAUGGUAGACCAUCAUCCAACAAUUAUUUCAACUCGUCAACUUUACAAGAAUGGACUCGAACAACCAACGUGAGAAUUCGAUUAUUGAGAACAAAGAAUUUUUGGGACAUUUGA